CAGAGAUCGGGAGCGGGGGGUCGAUGAGCAGCGGGAUGAAGAGGAUGUCACCAAACGGAUAAGAUUUAAAAUAAACCAUGAUAAGCCGCAGCAAACAUGUUCAGAACUCGGCGAGCCCUUGCUUCCUUUGCGCGAUCCUAGUUUAACCUUACUGUAGUGUCGGGUCACUCGCUUCCCAAUAUGGGGGAAAUUAAUUUCCGCCGUGACUGUAUACUCCGUCGCGGUACGCCUCGGGCGGCCAAUCUGGGCAGAGGACGGCAGAGUUCAACGGUGUAAGAGUUGGUCGAAAUACAUGAUUAUUUUCAUCUUAUCGUCUUGCGAGGCAGACGAAAUGUCGAAGGGCAGACACCAAGGCCGCGGGGGUAAGUAAUCGGGAAGAGCCGAGUCCUGGGCAGUUAGCCCCUGAAGUAAGUAUAUCAUCAGCAAGCAGAUCAUCACAGCCACCUUGACCCUCUUGGAAAUCCGUUACCCGCCUCGGACGCGUUGACGGUCGAUGUUACUUCGGCCCAAGCGGCUUCAGUUCCCAAUAUCCGCUCUUCGAAAACCAUCUCACACUCCUUUGAAUACACGGCGCGCUCAUUCCGGCGCGAAAAAUGGGCCCAACCACGCAAUACUCGAAAUGCUGAGGCGCAAUCAGGAAGAGGAAGAGCAGACUGAGAGGAAGAACGUCUACCGUGCACGCUCGUUCGCAACCGCUAUGAAGGCCAUCGAAUCAUUGAAGGAGCCUAUUCGUUCUCUGGAAGCAGUUCAGAAUCUGAAAGGCGUCGGCCCCGGGAUAAGACGGCGGAUUCAGCUAUUUCUAGAAGCCUCGGGAGACAGCGUUCCAAAACUGGACCCUGAGACUUUGGCGCAUAGGAGGGAAGAGCGGGUCAUAUUAGCAGAGUUGGAGGCCGUUCAAGGGAUCGGGCCUGUAAAAGCACGCAAACUGCUAGAAGCGGGAUGCACAAGCGUCGGGGACCUGCAAUCUCCCGAGUUCGAUAAACUGCUGACGACGCCGCAACGUCACGGUGCCCGCUAUCAUGAGCACCUGAAACAAGGCGUCUCUCGCGAAGAGGUUGAGUCACUUGCUCGCUACAUUCGAAGCUCACUGCCUUCCUCUUUCGAGAUUGUCCUAGGCGGAAGUUUCCGGAGAGGAGCUGACAAGUCCUCCGAUAUCGACGUUCUUAUCUUCCACCCCAAUCAUGUGUUUGUUCCCUUCCCCGACCCCCCAGCACCCAGCAAGGAUCCUGCUCGUAAGAGACGGACUAAUGGCAAAUCUACCGAGACUUUACUCCAGAGUGAAGUCAUUCCUGCUCUCGAUUCCCGCCACAUCAUCGCAGACACGAUAUCCUCCGGGCAGUUCAGGUGGCAAGGGUACGUUGUGAUUCCAGAUGGAGAACAUGCGGAUCGCUAUGAGCGAAUGGAUGCGUUGAGGGUGGGAAAUGUGGCUAUCAGGCGGCUGGAUCUCAAUCUCUUUGCGAAGCGGUCUCGAGGAUCAGCCUUGCUCACGCUGACUGGGGACACGGACUUCAACCGUGGCUUGCGGGUGCGAGCGACCAAGCUAGGAUAUCAUCUCAAUGAGUUUGGGCUGUGGCGGUGGCACACCUUGAGCAAGAACGGAGACCCCCCUCCUGAUCCUGAAUCUUCAGCUGCCCGAGCGGACGCAGCGGACGGCUACUGGGAGCUCAUCAACGCCGAGACAGAGGUUGAUGUGAUGGACGCGUUGGAUAUGACCUAUGUUAAGCCGGAGAUGAGGAACUACGGAUUACUUGAUAAUGUGCGCAGAUCGUCGUCGUCCUCUAGAGCAAUGAGGAGAUCAUGAAACCCUGGAUUCAUGCACCAACGGAGAUUUGGCAGACAAGACGCCUCGGGCAUACAUAAUCUGGCUCCGUGCACUCAUGUCAUGUAGGGACUGAGCUCAAACUUGAAAAGCUUCAUGCUUCUCCCAUCUCCUAUGUAUGAAGUUCUCAGAUCAAAUUUCCGCCCGCUUUCCUCGUUUAGCCUACAUUCCUGUGUCCCGAAUGACGCGUUUGGAUGGUGGAUCCCUGUGAUCCCUUGAUCAUCCCAUAACCUGUGCCAGUCACGACCCCCACCACAGCUUCAUCAUGGCCCACCUCACCAAACCAACCGUGUACGAUAUCAAGGACUCCAACAUCGCUCUCCUGGGCUCGGAUCUCGAGAAACGUGUCCGGGAAGUGGGAGGAGACAAAGAGCAGGCCUGGACGGGCGCUGGAACGCAGGUCGGGCUCGAGAUCUGGAGAAUAGAGAAGUUCCAUGUCGUGGAGUGGCCUAAGGACAAGUACGGAUCGUUCUACGAUGGCGAUUCGUACAUCGUCCUCAACUCGUACAAGAAGACGCCGGAUGCGAAGGCGCUGUCCUACGAUCUGCACUUCUGGCUGGGGGAGAACACGUCGCAGGACGAGGCAGGCACAGCGGCCUACAAGACUGUCGAACUCGACGAUCAUCUGCACGGCGUCCCCGUCGAGUACCGCGAGGCGCAAGGGUGCGAGUCGGACCGCUUCCUGUCGCACUUCCCGCACUUCGUCGCUCUGCGGGACGGCGUCGCGACCGGAUUCCACCACGUGUCCGACCCCCCGCCGCGCGACCUGCACAGGCUGUACGCCAUCAAAGUCUCGGGCCGCGGCGCGGGCCUCGUGGUGCGCGAGGUCCCCGCGGUGGCGGCGAGUCUGGUCGCGGGCGACGUGUAUGUUCUGGACAAGGGCACGCACGUGCUCCAGCUCAAUACCACGGCGAGUGCCGGGAAGGAGAAGUUCAAGGCCGCGGAGUUCGCGCAGAGCUUGGUCGCCCCCCGCCAGGGACACUGCGACGUGGAGGUCUUCGAUGAAGGCGCGCCUGGUUCCAACAAGUUCCUGUCCGAGUUCGGCGAGAACACACACAUUGCCGCGGCCUUCGCAGCCCAGGAAGGCUCCGCGGCGCCCACGCUCUUCCGUCUUUCGGACGCCGGGGGCGAGGUGUCUUUCAGCGCGGUCGACUCCGUUUCCCGGUCGUCGCUCGACUCGGCGGACACGUUCCUGCUCGACCAUUCCCGUGACCAGCGGCCGGUCAUCUACGUCUGGAUAGGCAAGGACGCGUCGCUGGAUGAGCAGCGCCUGGCGGUGCAGUACGCGCAGCGCUACCUCCACCAGCAGCAGCUGCAGGGCGGCGCGAGCAGACACGGUGCUGCCACGUCGAUCGUGAAGAUGAGGGAGGGCCAGGAAACGGCUGCGUUUUUGCGGGCGCUUGAUUCUUGAAAUCGUCGAGUGUUACCUAAGGCCGAAUUUGGAAUUUAGUGUAUAUUGUAGCGCGUGUCUUUCGACCUUCCGCUCAGAAUCAUGCAGCGAAUUGGACAUUUGGAACGA